AUGGAUCCAGAGGCGCCUAUUUCGAACCUGACCAACCAGUGGUUGGAAUGGGACCAAGAUCCCGAUACCAGAGCAGAAAUCCAACAUUUAAAAGACACAAACAAUGCGGCCGAGCUGGAAAAGCGCCUUCGAAAGCGCAUCCAAUUCGGCACUGCGGGCCUACGCGCCAAAAUGCAGGCUGGAUUCGCUUUUAUGAACCCUCUCAUCGUGGUCCAGACUUCCCAGGGUCUUGCGAGGUUCCUGCUCGAGGUCGAUGCAGACUGUGCGGCAUCUCGAGGUGUGGUUGUUGCAUCUGAUGCCCGGCACAACUCCAAGAAGUAUUCCAGCCUCGUCGUGAAUGCUCUUCUCGGAGCAGGUAUCAAGGUCCUAUGGCUCGGAAACCAGUGCACGACUCCACUAGUGGCUUUUGCGACAAAGUGGUACGGGGCUGCUGCAGGAGUCAUGAUUACUGCUAGCCAUAAUCCUGCCUGUGACAACGGCUACAAAGUCUACCUCCGCAAAGGCGUCCAGAUCAACUCGCCCAACGACGCCCAUAUUGCACGACACAUCAAUUCAAACUUGGUGCCCUGGAAAACCGCAUGGGAGCCUCUGCAGACGCACAUUGACUAUUUACAUAACCACGAGCUUCACAGCGAGACAAAACGUUUCGAUUACUACGCCUUUGAUACCGUUUUUGACCACUGGGCGAGCCGUAUACGUGAAUAUACAAGAUCCACAGUCUCGGAAUUCCUGCUACCCCCCAAUUUCAUGUACACCCCUCUCCACGGCACCGGAGGGACUGUUUUUUCUACAAUAAUGGACCAGGUUGGCGUUGGCUCUUGUUACCUCCCUGUCGCCGAGGAGAUCAAACCAAACCCGGACUUUCCCAAUAUCCCGUACCCCAACCCUGAAGAAAAUGGUGCAUUAGAUCUAGCUAUGCGCUCGGCUGGACUAAACAACCGCGACAUCCUGAUUGCAAAUGACCCAGAUGCGGACCGCCUAGCAGUUGCACAGAGGAUCCCAGAAAAAUCCUGGUACACCUUCACUGGCAACCAGCUCGGCGUCCUCCUUGCUUCGCACAUCCUCGAAAACCUGCCGCAUCCCUGCCCUAAAGAAAAGGGUUACUACAUGCUCAACAGCACCGUCUCGUCAAGCAUGCUCGCCAAAAUGUGCGCGGACUACGGCGUGCACCACCGCGAAACGCUCACCGGAUUCAAAUGGAUGGGCAGCAUUGCCGAAGACCUCGAGCGCCAGGACGACCAUCAAGUGCCGUUUGCCUUUGAAGAAGCUUUGGGAUACAUGUUUCCACAAGUAUGCUACGACAAGGACGGCGUCACAGCCGCCAGCAUCUUUCUUCUUGCUGCAGGCCAAUGGCAGUCUCAGGGCAUGACCCCAUUCGACAAACUCCAGCAGCUAUACAGCAAAUACGGCCAUCACGAAACUCUAAACCACUACUUCCGCUCCCCAGACCCGGAUACAACAGCCUCUUUAUUCGUGCAGAUCCGCGCCGGCGGCUGGAAAAAGGGUAGCAAGUUUGGUGAUCCCUCGACAACAGAUAAGCAAUUCACAAUCUCGCGCUGGCGCGACAUGACUCUGGGAUAUGACUCGGAUACGUCGGAUAACAAACCAGAACUCCCGAUUGAUCAGGGCAGCCACAUGCUCACGCUGUGGCUUGAUGAGGAUGUCAAAUUCACGCUGAGAGGAUCGGGCACCGAGCCCAAGGUUAAAUUCUAUAUUGAGUCCUGGAAAAACGACCAGCAAAAAGCCAUCGAGACCGUGUGUGAUGUCUUCAAGGCGAUUCGCUCGCAAUGGGUUGCUCCGUUUGCGCCGUCCAUGACGCACGCCGACAAACUCUUUACCUCGUCUUCGUAUACGCUUGAGCUCUGA